CAGGGGCCAUUUGCGGGUGGGCGGCUGCCAGAGAGGGGGCAGAGCAGACCCCCUGCCCAUGCCACUGAGCCUCUGCUGGGUCUUCCAGAUCAGAGGAAAAGGAGGCCUAAACCCCUGGGAGGAUGCUUCUGAAGUCCAUUCUGAGGGGCCCCCUGGCCCUCUGGUAUUGCGGCUUUGUCAAUUCGGAGGAGUACCUGCACCAGCAACUCCAGGAAAACAAAUACUUCCCCUUCCAGGUGCAGCAGCCCAAAGUGUUUGUGAUGGAGUAUUACAAGGACACUGUCUGGAAAGGCCUGCUCUGCUUUGUCAUCUCUGUCGUUGCCAGCAUCUUCUACUUCAAAAUGUCUGCGGCCUACCAGGACCUCUCCGCUUUCUUCAUCUUCAGCCUGGUGGCCAGCCUCUGGGUCCUGGUCAGCAACCUCUGCAAGCGGCGGCUGAUCAUCAACCACAUCCGGGAGUACUACCAGUUCUACAUCCGGGGCAUCCUUUGGCACGAGGGGCCCCUGCACCAGAUCUACGUCCGGCUGGUCGGCCAGCGAGACGCCCAUGGACAGCUUUUCUACAGCCUCAUCAUCAACGGGUACCGCCUCGAAGUCCUCACCCUGGUGCACUUGACCAAGAACCAUGAGCUGGUCGACAGCCUUGGGCGCCGCAUCGCCCGUUACCUGAACCUCAACUAUUUUGACAGUGAGGACCUCUCCACGCUCCACGUCAUCCGCCAUUUCCCCCCCGAGUUGGAUGAAGACGAAGACGAAGACGAUUCACUGGUUGUGUAACACAUGUAAGAGCGUCUGCCAAUUAAAAGGUUCCGAAAUGAAA